AUGAUCCAAGAAAUCAUUAAGUCGCUUCUCGACCACGAGGAGCUUCUCUUUGUGAUCCAAUGCACGGUAGUGGCAUUCGGUGUUUUUCACUACAUCUUGUACCCUCUUUAUUUCCACCCUCUGGCCAAAAUCCCGGGUCCAAAGCUGGCUGCUUUGACUCAAUAUUACAACCAUUACUACACAUGGGCCGAGAAAAGGAACAGAUGGGUUCAGUCGCUGCAUGAGAACUACGGCCCUAUAGUGCGUCUUGGCCCAGACGAAGUUGACAUUUCGGAUGCUGCCUAUAUCAAGGACAUCUACACGGGAAAUUACGACAAGACCUCAUUCUACGAGAAUUUCUGCAACUAUGGCUCGUUCAACACUUUUUCGUCGCUUGGCAAAGAAGCACACAGGCAAAGCAGGAAGAUCUCGUCCAAGUUCUACUCCAAGAGUAACGUGACUUCGGCCAAGAAUCAAGAAAAAGUGCGCGAGUCGAUCUCCAGCACCCUGGGGGUUAUGGAGAAUUAUUUGGGAGAGUCAAUUGAUGUCUUUUUACUAUUCCAACAAAUGGCCAUUGACACUGUAUCUAAGUUUGCGUUUGGUAAGUCAUACGACCCGUUGUUGAGCGACCCAAUGGGCUGGGGCGAAAAAGUCAUCCAUAAUUUCUCAUGCACCGCAGGAACUUCGUUUUGGACCACCAAUAUGCCUAGAUUCUAUAAUUAUGUGGUUCCUGAGCAAUUGCAAAAGGCCGGGGCUUUUGUUCGUGAUUGGAAUUGGAAGCUUGCUGAGAAGGCAUUUGAAAGGGCAUCCGAAAACGAUGAUGAGGAAACGCUUGUAUCUGUGCUGAUGAAAGGUGGAAAAAAUGUUCGUGCAGUUGCUUCUGAGUGUUUUGACCAUGUGGCUGCUGGCCAUGAGACUACCGGGACAACUUUGGCAUAUUUCUACCUGAACAUGGCUAGGUAUCCCGACAUCCAGGAACGACUGAUCUCUGAGUUGAAAAUCAGAUUUGGCGAGCCACAUGGACUAGAAUCAUGCUAUCUGGCUGAUGUUGAGGAAUUGCCAUACUUGAAUGCUGUUCUGCUUGAGAAUUUUCGCCUUCACGCCGCCAUUCCUGGAGAAGAGCCAAGAACGGUCCCUGCAUCUGGUUUGCAGUGGAGAGGCAGCAAAGAGACCCCCGAGGUGUUGAUUCCAAAGGGAACCACUGUUACCAUGCAACCUUAUACUGUUCAUCGUGAUAAAGAGGUAUUUGAAAAUCCGGAAUGUUUUAACCCAGACAGAUGGUUCACGGACGAGUCUAAACUCAGAGAAAUGAACAGACGCAUGAUGCCAUUUGGUGCAGGGUCCAGAUCAUGCAUUGGCAUGCACAUAGCCCAAGAGGAGAUAAGAUUGAUCAUAGCAUCAUCGUUCUUGAGAUACAGAGUUAAAAUGGAUCCCGCCUUUGAUUAUGUGAAGAACAUGGAGAUGGCAGAUAGGUAUACUUCUCAUCCAAUGGGGGAUAAGUGCUUCAUGGUGUUUGAGAAGAUUUGA